AUGCAGGCUAUUACAAGAGCUGCUAAAUUAUGCAGAUCCAGAACCUUGAGAGGAAUUCCCUCCGCAUACAAGUCUGGAAAUGCUUUUGCAACAACAACCCUACGUUUCUAUUCGUCCAACUCAGCUCAGUCAAGAAGGAAAGACGAGGCACCAAGUUUCAAGAAGAUUUUUUUGAUUGGCAUAAUCGGUACUGUGAUAUUUGUUGAAGCAGUUCGGUCAUUGGAUAAGAAUAAGCCAAAGACGACGUACUCCGAACAGGAGUUUGCAGAUGUAAUGUCAGGCUUAAGGAGAAGAGUAGCGGCAUUCCCAGCAGGUCAAUUGGAUGUGAAAUUUAUCUUGACCGGUAAUAAAAAGGAUGUGGAAAAAUUGGUAGACCAGUACGACCUGCUUAUAGAUCCUAUAGAAGUGGUGGAACACUAUAGGUCAUCUACCAACGAUUCAUAUGAGGCGCUACUGAACGAUUUGUAUGAUAGGUACGGGGCCCAAAAAUACUCUCAAAAUCUUCCUAAAGGGCUACUUGUGAUGUUGAUUGGUAGAUACAUGAAGGAAAAAUGUCUGCCAAACUCAACAGUUGUCAUAAUAAAUUUUCCUUCGAAUAUACAAGAUUCAAUCAAAUUUGAAAACGAAGUCUCCGUAGUGUCAAAAAUUUAUGUUCCACAUGCAUCUAUGGGUUCUGAAGUUUGUAAAUACUAUCAAACAGUGAAAAAGGUUCAAGAGUUCUGA